CAUUCUGCGGCUUUUUCGGUUCAGUCUCUCGGUCGCGGGGAAAGAGACCGACACAUUUUUUUUUCUUUUAACAGGAGGUGGAGUUCGCUGUGCUUCAACUCCGGGGAACCAGGCAUCUGCUGCAAUGUUAACACAGAGCUGAAACUACACAUCUGCUGCCUCUGAUACAUGACAGCAUACACCAGUCAUGGAGUUCAACAAAUUUGUGACCUUGUGGAUAUUUUGCUUAUGCCUCGUUGGAGAAAGUUGGACCGACAAAACAAGUUCACCCACAUCAGAUAGUCAGAUUGUUGAAAACGAGGUGUCAGAUUUUUGUCGCAUCGAUGAGCCACUGUGCAAUGAUGAGAAUGCUCGUCUCAGCUUCGAGGCUAUCGGUAGUAUCCACAAUCAGAUGGAUGAUGACGCAAACGGCAAUGUAGACGUGGUAGAGACAGACGGCUUCCUCAGAGAAGAUCUAAACUACCAUGACCCCAAGGCCAAACAUAACAGCUUCCAUGGGGAUGACCAGUUCAUCAGUGUGGAGGACUUGUGGAAUGCAUGGAAGAGCUCUGAAGUGUAUAAUUGGACAGUGGAUGAGGUGGUGGAGUGGCUCAUCACCUAUGUGGAGCUGCCACAAUAUGUGGACGCAUUUCGCAAGAUGAAUUUUAAUGGAACUGCCAUGCCAAGGCUUGCUGUGAAGAACACCACUCUGACACUCUCUAUUCUGAAGAUUUUGGAUCGCAGCCAUGUGCAAAAGUUGCAGCUCAAAUCUUUGGACACUGUGCUGUUUGGAGCACCCCUGAUGAAUAGACAUAAUCACCUGAAGGACUUCAUGCUGGUAGUGUCAAUAGUCAUCGGCAUGGGUGGCUGCUGGUUUGCCUACAUACAGAAUCGCUACUCUAAGGACCACAUGAAGAAGAUGAUGAAAGACCUGGAGGGCCUGCAGAGAGCUGAGCAGAGUCUGCAUGAUCUACAACAGAAGCUGCAGAUCGCCCAGGAGGAGCACCGUACGGUAGAGGUGGAGAAGGUUAACCUGGAGCAGAAACUGAGGGAUGAGAUUAAUGCAGCAAAGCAGGAGGCCCAACGACUGAGAGAGCUGCGUGAGGGCACAGAGAAUGAACUGAGUCGCCAAAAGUAUGCAGAAGAAGAGCUAGAACAGGUGCGCAUGGCGUUGAAGAAAGCUGAGAAGGAGUUGGAGUCACGGAGUAGCUGGUCACCACCAGAGUCUCUCCAGAAGUGGCUGCAACUCACUCACGAGGUGGAAGUGCAGUACUACAACAUCAAGAAGCAAAAUGCUGAACGGCAGCUCCUGGUAGCCAAAGAAGGGGCGGAGAAGAUAAAGAAAAAGAGGAACACUCUCUUCGGAACUUUCCAUGUGGCUCACAGUUCCUCCCUGGAUGAUGUGGACCACAAAAUACUGGCAGCAAAACAAGCCCUGGGUGAGGUGACCGCUGCCUUGCGGGAGAGGCUUCACCGCUGGCAGCAGAUAGAGAUCCUCACAGGUUUUACCAUUGUCAACAACCCAGGCCUUCCUUCGCUGGCCUCAUCCCUCAACCUCGAUCCCAGCUUCAUGGGUGGCAGAGCUACACCUCAGCACUUCAUCAUGUCUGACGACAUGGACGACUUGGACGAAGAUAUCAUGCCUGGAACUCUGCAAUAUGGCACCCGACUGUUGGAAAGGCGAGCCAGUGAACUGUGGUCCGUCGGUUCCAACUGUCACCCCAUGUGGAAAUAUCCUGCUCCCAGUAUGAUGUCCCUACGCCAACGCCACAUUGACCCCCAGCUGGCCAUGGGCUCCCAGAGGUUGGUAGAGAGUUGCCUGUUGGCGGGGCAGCAGGGAGAGGGAACCCCAUACUCAUCCAGGUCUAGGGCUACCCUCAGACAGUCACGCAGCCAGUCGUUUGGGCAGCUUGAGUGUCUUCCUCUGCCUCCUCUUUCCUCAGCUGUGUCUCAUCCUUCCAUCAUCUUCAGCUCCAGCCCAAACCCUCAGUCCUUGUCCUCCUCUUCCUCCUGCUUACCCAGCGCUGUGGGUGGGGGUGUAACCCAUCAUUCCUCCCAUUUAUAUCACACUUCUUUCCAGCCCAUGGACCCCAUUCCUGAUUUUACCUCGUGCAGCGACAGCUUCGGGGACCUAAAUCGCUCCGACUCCGACUCGUCCCUGUCCCUCUCUCAAGUUGGUGAUCGGCUAUCUGCUUACAGCUCCAAAGGCCACCUAAUGAAGCCCACCUCUCUCAUGCACGGCCUGUCCUCCCGCACAGAGGAUGCUAUCUCACUGCAUGCUCACACCCCCAACGGAGGCAACCGCAUUCAUGAGGGCAGUCCUGCCGAGCUCGUCCCUGACAGUCCCAUACUCAUGAAGAAGGUGUACGGCAUGGAGAAGUCGCCCAGCCUGGGAGAGAUCAACAGUCUGUCAGAGUCGUCCCGCUCCCUCAGCCCCAACUCCACUGAACCUGACACACCAUCACCUACAGGAGGGCAACUUGGGGCCGUGGGGCCAAAGGGCAGCACCCGCAUCCCACAGCUGUCCUCCAAGAAGAGCCCUCUGGAGGAGGACAGUGGCUCAACAGGAGAAGACACAGAUUCCACUGCCAGCCGCAAGAAACACACCUUCAAGAUCUUCAAGAAACAGAAGAAAUAAGGGCUACAUGAACUACAGGCUUUCAAAGCUUUCUGACUGUGUUCCUUCAGUCUGUUUUUGAAAAAAAGUUUCAAAGUUUUUGGGGUUCAUUAAUGGUGAAAUGAUGGCACAAUUUGUUGCCGCUGCAUCUUUGUGUAGGCACAGCACCUACUGAGAGAAGCUGUGGACUGUGGGAGCAAACAGCUUUUGAGUUUUAUCUGCUUAUUUGGUCAAUGUUGAAUAUGUGGGGAAUGGGUAGGUUUGUAUAUUGGAAUGUAAAGUAUUAUUUAUUCAGCAGGAAAUUGUGCCAGUCUCAAAGGGAAAUGUGUCUCCCAGUUGGUUUUUCUUUCUUGUUCUACAAUCUAUAACAUUUUGCAUGUCUUCACUUUUGUUUGACUGAUACUCGAAUGCUCUUAGUGUUUGCUUGUCGUUAACCUGCUUAAACUACACUUGAUGUUUCUUUUAUUGCUACCUAACCACCUAGCCUACAAAUCCAAAGUGAAUGCGCACUCUUUUAUUUUGACUGAGUACUUUGUUUCUAUUGAUGGUUACAAGUUUUUCUGUCUUUUGUUGUCUUCUUCUUGGCAGAGCAAAUAACACAUUGAGAAGAUCCUCAAACAGAAGUGUAGUAGUGAAAGCGGGACUAGUGUAUUUGUGACUCAGAUUUCACUUUCAGCUGUCAAAAAAUGUGCUAAGUACUGUUUGGAUUAAAAAUGCCGUAGUAAUAAUUUGCAGCCUCAGCUGUAACCCGAGAGCCCCUGAGUGACAUCAUCUUGCCUACAAAUGAGAGUUGGACAAGAGGUAAAUCUCCCUACAAAGUUACAAAAGGACCAUUAAAUUGCAGCAUUUUUCUUUUAGGGUUUUUAAUAUUUAGGGUUGAGUGCAUGUGAGCAUGAGUGUGAGAGAAGAAUGCUGUGCUGAUGUGUCAAGCUUUAAAACAAUGCCAAGUUUCACUACUGAUUAAUCUUUGGGUUUAUAUGUAUCCUCCCUGGACCGGGAGUCAAACAAGUGUUUGACAAGCGGGACAGGAGUCAAACACUUGUUUGAUGUUCUGAUUAAAAUGUCCAGAUUGGAUGUUGUGUCCUUUUAUCAUUAGGCAGAAAUGUAACCAAAAACUUAAUUACCAAAAUGUUAAACAUAAGUUAAAAAAUACCAGACACUGCGUGACAAUGGACUCUUUUCUGUCUGUGUAGUGAAUUUAAAAAUUAGGCUACAACUCGGAAAAAGUCUCUCUGAGGUGCUAGCUUUGUACACCUGCAGUAUAUACCAUGAAAACCAGGAUAUUUAACACAAAAUACUCAAAGCAUAUUUUUAGUCAUAGCUAUUUAAAAAAAAAAAACAGUUAACAGUUAUGUCUUGUUUUUUAAGAUUAUCCUCCUAAAAGAUAAAUGGCAUCCACAAACAUGGUGCGACUUUAACUUGGAUUUUGGCUCCUGCUCUUCUGUGUCUUAUCGUUUUUGUUUGAAUAAUUAUUCAGGUGGACAAUGAAAACUUCACAGUAGUUUGUCAGUGAAGGAUGGGCGCUGGUAAGGGCUAAACUACAAGGCAAAAUAAUUUGCUCUGUAUGAGAUAGGAAUUUUCAAAUUGUAAUCUACCUUUUAAGGAAGUUCAACAAGUUAUGGAGGCAGAAGACCAAUAGUGUCAAAAGUGCCAAAUCACUGUUCCUGUCAGAGGCCUUUGUAUUUGUAGUGUGUUUGGCUAUUUGAGCCCCUUUUACACAGAACCCAAAACCACAUGAUGUAUACUGUAUAUUCUGAGUUCAAACACUGAAUGUCCAAGGGUAUUCUUUCUGUAACAGUAUCAUCAGUAUGAUAUGUUUACAUUUGUUACAGAUAAUUCCCAUCCUCAGAUUACCACAGCAAAGAACGUUGUGCCAGUUUUAAUACUGACAGCUUUGUAUGAGCACAGAACUAUGCAUCCGUAGUUGUAGAUGAUUACUAAAGUAGUGCGGACACCAGACUAGGGUGCUCCUGAUCAAAGAACAACCAAAAAGUGCUGCAAAAGACAGUCGGCCUCCCCCAGCCUCAUAAUGUAACAGGUGGUUUGGAUGUUUAAGACAUGUCGAAAUAUGUUAUUUUAGAAACCAGCUGAAAAAAAAUAACAAUUUCCUACUGGUACUUUUUUAAAGUGUCAUUUGUACUUCUUUUGCACGACAGCUGUAAAUGGUUUAUGCCAUCUGAAUGUGUUUGAGUGGGUGUGUGUGUGUGUGUGUCCGUCUGCUCCCAGUAUAAUGCACUGUAAUGUUGAUGCAUGUCAACUGCUGUAACGAAACCUAUAUUGGGUUAGAAGAGUGGAUCGGCUUAAGCUCUUUACUCCCCACCCCUCUUGUUUUUUCUUUCUCUUUAAUUUGAGCUUCUAUUUAUGAAUACAUACAGUAUAUUUGUACAGAGAAAAUGAUAAUUUUGCAUCUUCUGUGAUGGUCUAGACUUUUAUGGCACUCCUGCAUGAUGGCAAUAAACUAUUUUGAAUGAAAAAA